GUUACUCCCGGACCAGCGAUUCUUGUCUUUCCCCGAUCUCUUGCCCAUGCUCCAGGUCCAGGCCAUGAGCAAGAAACAAAUAUCCGGCAUCGCGGCUGGGACAACCAGGCUGCGGCAGCGUGUGUCCGUCAACGAUCUUCCCCCGGAUAUUCUCCUCCUCAUCUUUCGCGAAUUGCUUCUUACCGUCCGGGACCCAGCUUUCCAUGGGCGGUUCCUAGUUGGCUGGAAUGACAAAAAUCUAGAACCAUGGCCGCCAUACGACAGCUCAAUGUCACCUCUCCCGUUCCCGGAGUCGAUCGCCUCUGUAUGUCGCCACUGGCGAGGGGUCAUGUCAAUCAUGUCACUCUUCUGGACGCGCUUGGUGAUCUGGGUCGGCAAUGAUCCAACAUCGCUGUCAACGAUACGCGACUACCUUACCUGGUCCCGGGACUCUCUACUGGACAUCUACGUUUUGUGUAGGCUUGACGCGGCCACUAAUAAUUUAGUAAUGCAGGCCGUCAUGGAAACACUCGCUCCGCACAUGAAGCGUUGGCGCCUUCUUCGCAUGAAGGUCCUCCGUGCUAGCUCACUCCCGCGCCCUCGCAUUGAAAUCGUUGGUCGUGCAGAUCGACUCAUUGAUCUUGAAAUGCAGGCCGUUGUCGAUGACUCUGAGGCGAGCGUCACGGGAGCCUCCCCUGUCUCAGCCGAGUUCUCAACACCCGUCCUGGAGAGACUUCGCAUGGGCAAUGUACAUUUUCAUGAGUCAUACGUGAAGCUGAUCCUGCAGUACCGAAUGCCACCGAAGCUCUCCCAUCUCACCAUCUUGGACUACGGCUUGCGACACACCAACUUCCCCUUAGUCGACCUCCUCGAAUGCAUCACCGAGUGCAAGGGAAUGCUUCGGGUCAAGCUCGCGAACCUACGGCUCGACUGUUCCUACAGUGGACCUCCGCUUGUCCGACGUGGGAUCGUCUGGUGCGCGUUCGCGGACUUCGUCGACAUGCGCGGCGACGAAAUUGCGGAGUACAAUCGUCUCCUCAGCUACCCCUACGUCCACAUGACGUCGUACACGCGCUGCUCGAUGGAGGUCCCCUCCCUGCUUGGCAACUCAUACUACAUCAAAGCGACCGAAAUCGCGAGCGCGAAGACGCUCCUUACCUUCCUAGCAGCACAGCGUGGCCCGAUCCCGUGCAGCAAAGUGUUAAUGGUCAAUUGCGACGGCCUGCGUCACGAAGUGCUCCGCGUGAUGGGGUUCGCCACGAAUGACAACUGGGUCUCCCCGUGCCUCAAGUCGCUGGCGAUAGUUGGGUGCAAGCAAUUCAGCAGCAUGGACUUACGGUACCUCCUCGAGGCGCGGCGUAGCGUGCACGAAGCAACGGGGUUCCCGGAGGCAAUUGAGCCGGGGUACGUAGUGGGUUCAAUAGAGUACCUCAAUGUGGAGGAUUGCUGCGAGCUCGCUUCGGAGGAUAGGGAGUGGUUUGACGCUCAUGUAUCAAGUGUCCGCUGGGACGAUUGGUCAGGAGGUUAUGGAAAUAGCCCAGCGAUGUGAAUCCUCCGUUGGAAUCGGAUACUCGUACGAA